AUGAGCGGCUUCUACUUGGAGGGGCCCGCCCCGCCGGCGAAGAGCGGGACCGGUGAGGGCGGUGGCGGUGGCAACUGGAACCUGCCGCCCGCCCGAUACGCACUCCCCCUGGGAGAGAUCGUGGUGGGGAGAGACUCGGUGCGGGACGCGAGCCCGGCUAACUGCAACAAGCUCAGGAUUGGCAUCGACAAGCGGGAAGAGGUUUGCCCGCUGGAAGGGCGGUUGCAAGUCACGCACAAGCAGGGCGCCAUCAACGGCAUCCGCAUCAUCAGGUGGAAGGGCUCGCCGGGGCUGACGUCGGCCCAACGGGCGGAGCUGCGGAUCGGCGCGCCGGGGGCGGCGAGGAGUCUGCGAGCAGGGGAGAUGCUCCAGGGCGGUCAGCAGUCCUUCCUUUACCCGGGCGACACUCUCCAGCUCGACGGUUUCCGAGUCCCGUCCUCGUCCAACUGCUCCUUCCUCCUGCACCCGCUUCCCGCGGGCUGGUCGGCGCCUCCGGCCAGGAGCGGCAGCAUCAACUCCCAGUCGGGGGCGGCAUCGCCUAGGUCGACGACGACGACCGCCCCAACCUCCGUUUCCAAGAAAGCCGGCGGCGCCAGCAGUGCCGGUGUUGCCAGGGACAACUCGCGCGCGGCAGCAGCGAAGGAGGCGCGAGGGGUUUCAAAUACUCAAGGGAAGAAAAACAACAAGAAGGGAUCGCCGACCCCUGUCGCCCGCCGAGCAGCGACGGCGGCGACAACUUCGAAGAGCGGCGCCGCUGCUACUGCUGCUAGCUCUCGGGCGGGGGGAGCGCCGAGCACGCCCACACCAAGCCCGCUGCUGCAGCAGCAGCCGCCGCCGCCGCCGCGGCCAAGGGCCGGCUCCGCGGGAAAGCCACGCGCCGCCGCGGCCUCAGGAGGAGGAGGAGGAGGAGGAGGAGGGAAGUCUCCGGCUGUUUCCUCGGCGCCGAGCGCCGUCCGCGUGCCCCUCGCUGCCGGCGCUGCCGGCGGGAGGGCGCGGGGAGCUUCUUCUUUGCCUUCCUCCCCGGGGGUGGUCGAUGAAGCUACCGUCAAGAAGAAGCUCGCGAUGUCUGUUUCGGCCGCACACCGCAGUGGCAGCACCGGCGGCGGUGCGUCUACCCGGGGGUCGACGGCGCGGGUGGUGACACCACUCUCGACGGCCGGGAGGCUGCUGGACUCCCACACCUCCCCGGCGAAAACGCCGCCGCCUUCUUCGGGAGUGAAGACGAAGAGGCCGCAUGCGGCCGCAACGGCGGUGGCGGCCGUGCCCCCCCCUCCGCGCGGAGAAGCGGGCUCGCACACGCCGACCCGGUCGCCCGGUCGCGUGGACGAAGUCAGUAACGCGUCCGCUGGGUCGUCCAAGAGGCUGAAGCGUUGCGGCGGUGCGGACGGUGGUGUCAGCGGUGGCACCUCGGCGUCGUCCGCUGUCGGACGAAGGACAGGUGGCGGUGGUAGUGGUGGUGAAGGUAGCGGCGGCAGCAGCAGCGCCGCCGCCGCUUGCCCGGCCGCGACGGUCGCGCAGAUCAAGUCUGAACCUACUGCGCCCGCUGCUGCUGCUGCUGCUGCUGCUGCUGCUCCCCCCGCCGCCGAAGCCGCACCGCCACAAGACGCGUCAACCCCCGCCACCGCCGCUCCUGAAUCGCCACGACCGGAUGCCCCGCAGGUGGACAUCACCCCGCGAGACCGGGCGUCGCAAGCCCGCUCCGCUCAAGGCAGCGGGGCUGGAGGUGGUGCCGUGGGAGGAGACUCGUGGAGCAAGGGUGACUUGGUGGUGCUGAAGGCGCGCACGUCGAAGGGGAUGAACAAGCUGGGGGGUGUUGCACGGGUGCUGGAGGUCUUCGAGGAUGGGACCUACUUCGUCAAGCUCAGCUUGGGCGGGAAGCCGACCCGCGUGGGGAGCGACCUCCUGUUCAGCUACACCCCGUCUCCCGAGCCGGCCUUCCGUGGAAGGAGGAGGUCCACCGCUUCCCGCCGUCGAGACACCGCCGAGGGGGGACCCCGCGAAGUGGACCCCAGCAACGGGUGGGUCCCGUCCUCCCCGUCGUCAUGUUCGUCCUCCCCUUCCCCCAAGCGGACGAGGAGCAAGGAUGGAAGUGGCCGCAGCGUCAGCAGCGGCGGCGGCGGCGGCGGCGGCGGCGGUACGGCCAGCAGCGGCUCGCCGUCCCCCAGACGCUCCCUCCUCCGCCGUGGCGUGAAGAAGAACAGCGGCGAUGGCACCGCCGCCGCUAACCCCCCCGCUGCUGCCGGUGCUACUACCGGUGCUAAGGACGACAACGACGACGACGGCAACACCGCCGCGACGACGGCCGCCGCUCGGCCGGGGGACCGCGCGAGGGUGCUCUACGACAACACGGACUGGUACAUGGCUACUGUCGUGGGCGUCCACCGGGGCUCCUCCGUCACCGUCCGCUUCGACGACGGCAGCAAGGCCAGGGUAACGCUAAGCCCGGGCGACGCCGAGAUCUGCGCAGACGAUGCGCUGGCGCCGGCAGCGAGCGAGCCGCCUGCGCCUGCCUCUUCGAGCUCCCGCGGGGGCGGUGGCGGCGGCGGCGGCGGCGGGAGGAGGAGGCCCGGGAGUGGGGUCGCCGUCAAGGGGGUGCGGGCGUUGGGCGCCGGUGGUCGGGUCCUUGGGGAGGGGGAGGGCAAAGCGCUGACAGAGGAGCGGGCGAAGGCCCUUCUCGACACGGCGCCUCAGAAGCUGGUGGGCCUUGUGUACCAGGAGCACCACCGGGGGUACGGCGGCUGGUGGGAGACCGUGGUGACCGAGGUCUCCGAGGAGCGGAUGGGCGAUAGCGGCGGUGCCGGAAGAGACAAGGACGGAGGGGGGAACGCGAUGUGGCCGGAGUCCGUGGUGGUCGGGCAGAUGGACCGCUCCGGGGAGAAGGUUAAGGCCAAAGCCGGUUCCGCCGCCGCGUCCUCCGGAGAAGGCGGCGGCGGCGACGAUGAUGAGCCGGAUUUCGUCUACACCCGGAAGACGAGGUCGCUGCUCUCCCGCCUGCGCACGUGGGACAAGCACCGGGAGGCCGAGUGGGAGGCGACGGCGCUGGAGGCGGACGACGAGGCUGCUGCUGCUGCCGAGCCAAAGGUGGCAGGCUGA